AAUUUUUUGGAAUAUUUAGUUAUAAUUUUGAUGUUAUUUAUAUUUUACAAUUAAACUAGGAUUUUGAGUUGAUAAAAAUGGUUUCGUCAAAAUUAUUUAUUAUUUUAUUAUUUAUUAAAUUUUCCUUGGCUAUUGAAGUUUUAGAAUUAAGUUGCACUUUUUCCAGAUAUAUGUUAAACUAUUUCGAACAUAAUGAACGCUAUCUACUGCAAUUAAUAAAUAACAAAGAAAAUAUUAAUGAACAUAAUUUAAAGAUGUAUGGUGAAGCAAUUCAGUCUCACAAUGAAAUUGUUUUAGCGAUGAUAAAAGCAUUAAAAAAUAUGGAUAAAAACUUAAAAUUGAAAGAUUUGUUUGCUAUAAAUUUGUAUUUAAAUAACAUAUCUGGAUCUGUUGAAUUUAUCGCUAAAAAUGAAAAUGGUAAGUUUGACGGGAAACAUUAUUUAGAAAGGAAAUUAGAUGCUUUUAUUAUGUUUCAUAAGAUUAUGAAAAAUUAUUUGAGAAAUUCAUUGGUAGCAUGUGUCAAUGUAGCAUAUGACACAGCGUUUGUUUCAUGUCCCAACUUCAAUAAAUCAGACACUUAUGACAUAGAAACCCUUCAGUAUACCACGAAGCUUCUUAAAUACAGGUUAUUAAAUAGUACUGACGUAAAAGAUAAUCUAUCGUUACUAAAAGAACAAGGUAAACUAAUCGACAGUGAAGUGGUAAAAUUACUAAGAUUAGCGACACUAAAAAAGAAACAUUUUAUAUACCACCCAAGAUAUAUGUUGUUUUAUGAAUUAAUGUCGCAUCAACAAGAACAUUUGGAACGUGAUGUCAUGAUUGGAACUCAAAUGAGACAACACUAUAAAAAUAAUAACAAUAAGCCAACACAAUAUUUAGAUUUCAUUAGAUAUGCCAAACUUCAUUUGAAAUGCCCUAAUAAUAGCUUAUUAACGAUUUCAGAUAUAUUUCGGUAUAUGAAGUAUAAUUUCAGACCGAUCGACGUAGAAGGUUUUCAAGAACUUGUAAUCGCAUCAACAUUCCGUCCACUGGCAAUACUUACACAUUACUAUGUUGCUUUUCUUAAAAAAGUUACUGCUAUAUUUAGAUAUUUUCAUGGGCCCAUUGAUAAACUUACAUUCUUUAAUACGUUGGUUACUAUGGGACCAGAAAUAUUAACUCAUUACCAUAAUUUUUUGAUAUUAGAGUUAUAUCCUCAAGCAGCAAAAACGAACUUAGCAACUAUACUUGAACAAAUGAAAUAUAUUCUGGAGGAAUUUCAAAAUUGUGUAUUUUCUCAUGAAUUUUUUAAUAUAUCCUAUAAAAUUAUGGCAUUUAUACAAAGAUUUAUGGAUGUUAACAGAUUUAGUUAUAUUUUGGGUACGAUUAGUAUUACAGCACAAUCUGCAGAUACUAUUAACAUAACAGUAGAUAAUGUUGACUCAAUAAUGGAACAGUUAGUUAAUAUUUAUGAACAAGUUACUAUGUUUUCGAGUGCUUUACCAAUAUACGAAGACUUAUUUAAAAAUGUUUUAAAUUCAAGAAACUUUUUUGACUUAACAUUUGCCAAGUAUACAAGAGUUUUAUUUGAGAUUGGAGACUUGAAAAACAAAUUAUGCUGUGAAGAUAUAUACUCCGAAAUGGAAGAAAGUAAUGAUUCUGUUGUACAAAAAGGCAAUAUUGAUAAAAUUAGUGUUGAGUCAGAUAAAAAUACCAAUUAUAUUGUAAAAGAUUUAACUGAAAACCAUGAUAAAAAUAAUAAUUUUUGUUAUAUAACAGAUUAUGUAUUACCUUAUUGAAUUUUAAUGUAAUAUUUAUGUGAAAUAUUUUUUACACAUUUAACAUCACUAUCAUUUAAAAUAAUUUAUUAAAUUAAAUCACCAAUAAUGUAAUAUUACCAGGUAAAUAACUUGUUAAAUUUAAUAGUAAUACAAAUAAGUACGUUUUA